AAAAAUUCAUCACAAAAACAAUAGGAUCCCCCAAAUCCCCAUUUCCCCCAAAAAAAAUUAAAAACCCUAGAUCUUAAUUUCCAAUUGAUUUUUCGGAAUCCAAAAGGGGAACAUUAUUAUCCCAAGUCCCAACUGUUAUCAUAUCAUCUGUUAUUUGUCAGCUUUAAUAAAAAGAUGCUGAUUUUGCACCAAACAAAAAUUAAAUUGCACUGAAUCAAUCUCCAAGCUUGUUAGGGUUAGGGUUUCUUCCAGCUUUGGAAUUUUAGCCCCAAAUUUUGGUUCCACAAUUUGUGUCCUUCUUUUUCCAGAUUUACCCUUGCCCCAUGGUUUCUGGAUUUUGCUUAUAUACGAGUCUCAGAUGACAUUCAAGGCUGUUUGAGAGGCUGUCCUUGAUUGUCAUUUUCGGUUUUGUUGCUGGUGGGUACCCAUCUCUGACCAAUUCGUCUGUAGCAAAAGUGCUUUCCAUUUUCUCUGCUUUUUGUUUCUGACUGGUCCGUCUUGGUUAGGAUUAGGGUUAGGGUUUUUAGAUCUGUUCAAUCAAAUCCGUUUGCUUAAUUUCUCACGGAUUUGAAAUUUUUGUUGACUUUAGUUUAUUUUUUUGAGUUAGUUUUUGGAAUCAAUUUUUGUUUAAUUGAUCUGGUUUCUGCAAAUUCUGGGUGUAGUGAAUGGAAGUUUGAGCUGGAUUAGCUCAGUGGGGAUUGUAUAAUCUUGGAUCAUCACGAUACGAACAGUUUGGAGAAUUCUAAAUGGGGACAGAACUCAUGAGAGUUUGCAUGCAAGAGGAUAACGAUGAGUUUCCUUCUGUUCCACCCGGAUUUGAGUCAUUUGCAUCUUUCAGCUUACAAAGGGCAAAUGAAAGUGAGAAACAAGAUAGUGAAAACAGAAUUAGUUCCUCAGCAACUGCUAGUCCUUCUAAAUCACAAUCAGUUCAGAUGGAGACUGACAUUGACACUGGUGGGGUUGCAAAGAGGUCUGUUCGACGCAGACAAUGCAUAAAUCAUGGGCAAAAUAACAAGUCAGAGGAUGAAUCUGAUUGGGAGCAACUUGAACAAAAUUGUCCCCCAAGAUCUGUUCUUCCCAAGGGGGUUAUACGUGGGUGUCCACAAUGUAGUAAUUGCCAAAAGGUCUCUGCACGAUGGCAUCCACUGGAAGGUCAAAGGCCCGACCUUCAGGACGCUCCUGUCUUCAGGCCUUCUGAGGAGGAGUUCAAAGACACAUUGAAAUAUAUAGCGAGCAUACGCCCAAAAGCUGAACCAUAUGGUAUUUGUCGCAUUGUUCCUCCCUCUUCUUGGAAGCCUCCCUGUCCACUCAAGGAAAAGGCUAUUUGGGGGACCUCCACAUUUUUUACUCGAGUCCAGAGAGUCGAUAAACUGCAAAAUCGAGAUUCAAUGAGAAAGGUUCCUAAAAGCCAUAGUCAUAUGAGGAAGAAAAGAAGAAGCACACGGAUGGGGACUGAUCAUCAAAGUGGUGGCAGAGGAUCUGGGGAUGAUGGAGGUUGUGAGGCCGAACGGUUUGGGUUUGAACCUGGUCCAGAGUUUACUCUAGAAACGUUUGAAAGAUAUGCUGACGACUUCAAGGCUCAAUACUUCAGCAAGAACGAACAUAUUCCUAGUAUAGGAGGUAACUUUGCUAAACUUAAAGAGUGCUGGGAGCCAUCGGUAGGAAGUAUUGAGGGCGAAUAUUGGCGGAUGGUAGAGAGACCUACUGAAGAAAUUGAGGUUCUUUAUGGUGCUGAUCUAGAAACUGGAGUUUUUGGUAGUGGUUUUCCCAAGAUGUCCAGUAAGGAUGCUUUUCCUUCAGAAGAGCAGUACAUAAAUUCGGGCUGGAACUUGAACAACUUUCCAAGACUUCCCGGAUCUGUUCUUUCUUAUGAAAGCAGUGAUAUAUCCGGUGUUCUGGUGCCAUGGUUAUACAUAGGGAUGUGCUUUUCUUCCUUUUGCUGGCAUGUUGAAGAUCACCACUUGUACUCUUUAAAUUAUAUGCAUUGGGGUGCUCCAAAGUUGUGGUAUGGUAUCCCUGGUAGCGAUGCCUGUAAAUUUGAAGAAGCAAUGAGAAAGCACCUCCCUGGCCUAUUUGAAGAGCAACCUGACUUGCUUCAUAAGCUGGUCACACAGCUUUCACCCUCCAUUCUGAAAUCUGAAGGGGUACCUGUGUAUAGAUGUUGUCAGAAUGCUGGAGAGUUUGUUUUGACCUUUCCUCGAGCAUACCAUUCAGGGUUCAACUGUGGUUUUAAUUGUGCCGAGGCUGUGAAUGUAGCUCCUGUUGAUUGGUUGCCCCAUGGGCAGAUCGCUAUAGAGCUAUAUCAGGAGCAGGGACGAAAGACAUCCAUUUCUCAUGAUAAAUUGUUGCUUGGGGCAGCAAGGGAAGCGGUGAAAGCACAUUGGGAACUCAAUUUACUGAAGAAGAAUACUCCAGAUAACUUACGAUGGAAGGAUGCAUGUGGAAAGGAUGGGAUAUUAGCAAAAACACUAAAGGCACGUGUUGAGAUGGAGCGUGUGAGGAGAGAAUUUCUCACUAGUUCUUCACAGGCAUUGAAGAUGGAUAACAAUUUUGAUGCCAUCAAUGAGAGAGAAUGCAGCAUAUGCUUUUUUGAUCUUCAUCUGUCAGCAGCUGGUUGUCAUCAUUGUUCCCCGGAUAGAUAUGCAUGCUUAAAUCAUGCAAAGAAAUUCUGCUCAUGUGCUUGGAGCGCCAAGUUUUUCCUCUUUCGUUAUGAUAUGGAUGAACUAAACAUCCUUCUUGAGGCAUUGGAAGGAAAGUUGAGUGCAGUAUACAGAUGGGCUCGACUCGAUCUUGGGCUGGCUCUGAGUUCUUAUAUUUCCAAAGACAAUAAAGUUGGUAAGAUAUCUUAUUCCUCCAGAAGUGAUAUACUUAAAGAGGUUAGCUCAGAGCUGCAAAGCAAAAACUUCAAAGAUCCUCUAGGUACAGAAAUCCAUAAAGAGAGUCCUAUGAGUUCAGCCGGGAUCAUUGGUGAGACUUCCUCGCAGCAGAAGGUGAAAACAUUAGAAAUUUUUCGUCAAGUUAAAAGAGAAGAAUCGGCUCUCAACAGUUCCAAGUCAAGAAUGCAGGUUUGCCAGUUGUCUCAAGAGGACAUGUCAUAUGCUGUGACCUCGGAUGCAAAGGUAUCUGGGACGAAUAUGGCUUCAGUUGAGGAUGUUAUACUUCUUAGCGAUGAUGAAGGAGACGAUGACCCAAAGAAGCCACUUUCAACUGUGAGUGACCCUGGUUUUGAGAAAGAACCAAUCUUGAAUAUACCAGGGACUGAUGCAGCAGUUAUGGGUGAAAAGGUUUUCAGUCCAUUACCUGGUGGAGAAAAAAAGGAUUCUUCAUCUCAUCCUGUACACGUGAAAGUUGAACAGGAUCAUGGUGAACAAUUAGGUUCUAAUCCACCAAACCUCUCUUUCAAAUUAGUUUCUACUAAAGCAGAAUGUGGCCCAAACGGUAGUGCCAUCUUUGAACACAAAGUUGCUAAUUCAAGGAGUGACCCUCAGCUUCCACAGCCAUGUGCCAGUAUAAAACUAGAGAAUGAGGACAAAUAUGAAAAGAUAGGAAGAAUUGCCGAUACAACUUUAGCAGACAAUGUACGAACGACAACUGGAGCCUCAUCGUCCAGCCAAAACAAUUUGGACCGAUAUUACCGCCAGAAGGGUCCCCGAAUAGCGAAGGUGGUGCGGAGGAUCUCCUGCAUUGUUGAGCCUCUGGAAAUUGGAGUCGUGCUAUCUGGAAAGUCAUGGUGUAACAGCCAAGCCAUUUUUCCAAAAGGAUUUAGAAGCCGGGUUAGGCACAUCAGUGUUCUGGAUCCAACUGUUAGGUGUCACUAUGUCUCAGAAGUACUGGAUGCUGGACAAGGUGGACCACUGUUCAAGGUUUCUUUGGAGCACUGUCCAGGUGAGGUUUUCAUACAUAAUUCAGCUGGAAGAUGCUGGGAAAUGGUGAGAGAGAGAGUCAAUCAAGAAAUCACUAGGCAACAUAAAUUGGGAAAAAUGAACCUUCCUCCUUUGCAGCCACCGGGGAGUAUCGAUGGCUUUGAAAUGUUUGGGUUUACUUCACCAGCUAUUGUACAGGCCAUAGAGGCAAUGGACCGAAAUCAUGUCUGUUCCGAGUACUGGGACUCUCGCCCCUAUUCCCGACCUCAAGUACAGAUUCCACAAAAACCUCAAUCCAAAGAAAGUAGUGAGAGCUGCAAUACAAUGUCAAAGGAAAAAAGUGAUCAAGAGGCAUCCGACAAUGAUCUCGUCCCUGCUGGAGUCGAUACAACACUCAGAAGCCUAUUCAAGAAGGCUAACUUGGACGAAUUAAACUCACUGCACAGCAUUUUAGGUGCGAAUCGGCAACCUGCUGGUCGAGGUCUAGUGACACGACUUCUUAAUGAAGAGAUUCAUAGUCGUCCCACAUGAUGAUGCAUUCGUUUGUCUCACAAGGAUCAGAGACCAAACUUGCUCGGCCCGUUUUUAACUGUAAAUUCUACCCACCGAUUCGAGGUUAUAUUGUACAUCUUUUACUCAACCUGCUCAUUCUUUAUGCUAUAAAAAAGAAGCGAUAGGGAAGAAAAGGCUUAUUCUUAUGUCGACACUGCCGAGUUUUGUUUUUGUCGGAAUGCCUGUUUGUAGCUCGGAAGAAGUUAAAGAUUGUUGGUCGAUGACUCCAAAUUUGACGAUUUGGCAUCCGCGAGCUUUGUUUCUUGCAGGGUUGCCGGAAAUUGUACCAUCCCCGCCGGUGGUUUUGGUUGUUACUUGAAGAUGCUCGUACAAAGAAAA